UUGUUUCAUGCUGGAGGUGGGACACAAGAUAAAUGUGGCUCUGAGUGUAUUUAUGAUUAUGAGGGAACUUACUGUGUAUCAUCUUCUGGUGGUUUUUUGACAGGCGGUGUUGCAAAUGGAUGCAAGGGAGGGUCGUCAGGAGGUGGAGGAGGUGGUUAUUAUGGUGGUGGUGGUGGUGUAGACGUCAGCGGCGGCGGUGGGGGAAGUAGUUUCGCAAGAAAUGAUUUAGAAUCUGUCAUAUUCUAUAACGGAAGCGAAAUUUUCAAAUCUCCUUCCGGCACUCUCGAGAAAGGCCGUACUGGCCAUGGCCUUAUAAUCAUCCAACGCCUCUUUGCUUGUUCUGCCAUAAAAUCAUACUUCAAUAUUAACUUUUCUCCAUUUUUACUAUUCGUAUUGUUUGAUAUGAAAUAA